AAAAAAAAAGAUUGACUCAUCCGUGGAGUGCUGUGUCAGUUACAGUGAGCUGAUUGACCGUAAACCAGGUUCUCUUGUCAUUCUUACGGCCAUGAAUUCUCUACUUUCACUUUCGUUUCUCUGUGCCUUGGCCCUGGCGAUCUCCCUCCACUACCGAGCUGUCUCUGCCGAUACUGCGGCUUAUCCCACCAUCCCCGGCACCGAUGCCGUCGACUGCUCCAUCGCCGGUGGUGACUCUGAUCUUAUUCCUCUUCGCCGAGAAGUCUACGAUAAUGGUCGAAUUUUCGAUAUCACUCACAAAUACGUCCCCCACAUGCCAGUCUGGGAUUCUAACGAUGGCCUUGGUAGACACUUUCUCUGGCUUGAGAAAAGCAUGAAAAAUGGUUCUCGCGCCAAUAACUCAGCUAUGAAGCUGGGUGUUCACACUGGUACCCAUGUCGAUGCGCCGAGCCACUUCUUCGACAACUACUUCGACGCCGGCUUUGAUGUUGACACGCUCGAUUUGGAAGUCCUUAAUGGCUAUGCUCUAUUGGUCGAUGUUCCAAGGGAUACAAACAUAACUGCUGAAGUUAUGAAGUCCCUGAGUAUUCCUAGCGGUGUACGUCGUGUGCUCUUCAGGACAUUAAAUACUGACAGGCGGCUUAUGUUUAAGAAGGAAUUCGACACAAGUUAUGUAGGCUUCAAGGAGGACGGAGCGAAAUGGCUGGUUGAGAAUACUGACAUUAAACUUGUAGGAGUUGAUUACUUAUCCGCUGCUGCUUAUGAUCACUCGGUUCAAUCUCAUCAUGUAUUUCUGGAAGGCAGGGAAAUCAUUCUGGUGGAAGGCUUGAAGCUCGAUGAUGUCCCGGAAGGAAUAUAUACGCUGAACUGCUUGCCCCUUAGGUUGGUUGGUUCCGAGGCAUCACCAAUACGAUGCAUCCUGAUCAGAUAAUAGGUCCAUUGCCCUUAUCAAGAUGUCAAAUGCUGCUGCAUUAUGGUGAGAUUGAUGCUGUUUACGUUGCCACACUAAUAUCUUUCUGUUGAAUUAAACAUGUUUCUCUUGUACGAAGUCCAGGAAUGAGUUGCACUGGCCAAUAAAUAGCAUGACUUGCAUGUAUGUAUGUAUGGUAUGCAGGCCAAACAAAAAAAGAGGAUGUAUUCUUUUAUAUGCGUAGAUUGAAAUUUGGAAACUACUAGAUAUGGCUCUUCUCCAUGGAUGUAAAAGCUUUUCAACAUAUUUCUUGCCAGUACGUUAAGAGGGUGCCACCUGGCCAAAAACAAA